AUGUCCAGGCGUUACGAUUCACGGACUACGAUCUUCUCGCCCGAGGGACGUCUUUAUCAGGUCGAAUAUGCUCUCGAAGCUAUUUCCCACGCCGGAACAGCCCUCGGAAUUCUAGCUCAAGAUGGAAUUGUUCUCGCUGCUGAAAGGAAGGUGACGAGCAAGCUUCUGGAGCAGGACACAUCUGCAGAGAAGCUCUAUAUCCUUAACGAUAACAUGAUCUGCGCUGUCGCCGGGAUGACUGCCGAUGCCAACAUUCUCAUCAACUAUGCCCGCCAGGCCGCCCAACAAUACCUUUUAACAUACAACGAAGAGAUACCAUGUGAACAACUUGUCCGUCGUCUAUGUGAUUUGAAGCAGGGAUACACUCAACAUGGUGGUCUCAGACCGUUCGGUGUCUCCUUCAUCUAUGCUGGCUACGACCCUCUCCGACAAUUCCAACUUUACCAGAGCAAUCCCAGCGGUAACUACGGUGGCUGGAAAGCGACAAGUGUUGGUGCCAACAAUGCGGCUGCUCAGAGUCUGUUGAAACAGGACUAUAAGGAGGAGUGUGAUCUUAAGGAAGCCUGUGCGCUGGCUGUGAAAGUCUUGAGCAAAACGAUGGACUCUACGAAGCUCAGCAGCGAGAAAAUUGAAUUCGCAACCGUUGGAAAGACCAAGGACGGAAAGAUCUACCAUCAUCUUUGGGGCGCUGAUGAAAUUAAUGCGUUGUUGAGACAGCAUGGCCUUGCCAAGGAAGAGGAGUCCGAGGGCUAG